AUGUUUGCACGUUCGUCGGCGGCGGGUUCCCUCCUCAAGAACUCCCUCCACGCCUCCAGACCGGCCUUCAGAGCUUGCCAGCAGCCAACUUUCAACCGCUCCUUUCACGCUUCGUCCGCCAACAUGGUCAUCAAGGCCUACUUCGACUGUGCCUGGACCGGUCCCAAGCUCGAGACCGACGCCAACGGCAAGGUCCUCAGCCAGGACGCCGAGAACAAGCCACGCGAGGGCCGCAUCAACUUUGAGCUAUUCGGAGAUGUCGUCCCACGAACUGUCGAGAACUUUCGUGCCCUCUCCACCGGCGAGAAGGGCUUUGGCUACGCUGGCUCCAAGUUCCACCGUGUGAUUCCCGAGUUCAUGCUCCAGGGUGGUGACUUCACUCGUGGAAACGGCACCGGCGGCAAGUCCAUCUACGGCGAGAAGUUCGCCGACGAGAACUUCAAGCUGAAGCACGACAAGCCAUUCCUCCUCUCCAUGGCUAACGCGGGCCCCAACACCAACGGCUCGCAAUUCUUCAUCACCACCGUCAUCACCUCAUGGCUAGACGGCCGCCACGUCGUCUUCGGCCAGGUCGUUCCAGGAGACAAGGAAUCAGUGAGCGUUGUUAAGUCCAUCGAGGCUUGUGGGUCUUCGUCCGGUGCGAUAAAGACUGGCAGCCCGCCACAGAUCGUCCAGUCUGGCACCCAGUAG